CGGAGAAGUCAACAAACGAGUUCCGGAAUGCCAAAUUUCGAGGAUCUUCCCAACGAUUGUCUAGCCCUUAUUAUCUCUUUAACCAGUCCACUCGAUGCCUGUAGAUCGUCGCUGGUUUCCAAAGCUUUCAACUCUGCCGCCGGUUCCGAUGCCCUUUGGGUUAAGUUCCUGCCGGCCGACUAUCAGAAUUUGGUUCCUGCAUCGCAUUCCUUUUCUUCCUUGAGGUUUCCUGAGGUUGUGGAGCUUCUUGAUGUCUGUUGGUUCGAAAUCACUGGGAGGAUUGAUAGUUGCAAUCUUUCCCCGAUGACACGUUAUCAUGCUUUCCUAGUGUUCAAAUUGGCAGCCUAUGCUAAAGGAUUUGAGAAUAAACACAUAGAUGCUUCUUUUCGACUUGGUGGAAUUCAAGUUUCAAAGCAAAUUGUGUUUGUUGAUGUAGAUGGUGGACGUGUAGCACAAAAUGGUGAGCAGUACCCAAAAGAGAGAGGAGAUGGUUGGGUUGAGGUAGAGUUGGGUGAAUUCUUCAAUGGAGGUGGAGAUCUUGAAGAAUUGGAAAUACAUAUUUUGUCGUAUGAUAGGUACGCUGUGGGCGGUCUCUUUGUUCAAGGCAUCGACAUCAGGUCAUGUUUGUAGGACAUAACGAGGUUUUCUUGUUUUUUUCUUCUAUGUAUUUUAAUUUAUGUAGGAGAAAAAUAACAUUGCAAAGCACUAAUUUUUAUAAAGAUGUCAGCUCUGUUACUAAUGAAAUUAUUAAUUUUGAUGCGAUAUAAUCUUUGCUAUAAAUAAAUUUCAUUUAUAGUU